AUGCUGCGUUUGAUGAUUCACUGUAUCAAACCGGUGAUCAAUAUAAACAAAAGGCAGACGCUUCGAGCCGGUGUAAAAGGCGACGCGUCUCGCAACUCACGCGCAUCCGACUUGCGCCUCGCGUGCGCCUGUGAACACGUUGACGUCAACAAAACAGCUAAGAUGUUUCGAUCUCCAGAUGCAUGCGCAUGCCCAAUCCAAGAAAUUGGCCCAUCUAUGGCCGGUAGCUGUUCCGGCCAAUUUUUUCUAUUCAUGAGCAUUUUGGAGGCUUUCAUAAACGGUAGAUGCGAUCUUGCCGAUCCCUGCAACCGAGUCAAGGACAUCGGAGAACCGGAGAAUAGUUACGACUUUGUCGUUAUUGGCGGUGGAACAGCAGGUUCAGUUGUCGCGGCCAGGUUAUCUGAAAACCCACAAUGGAAGGUACUUUUGAUAGAAGCUGGAGGAGACGAGCCCAUUGCAUCAUCAGUACCAGCGUGGGUGACAGCGUAUUGGGGACGAAAUGACACCGACUGGUUAUACCAAACAGCACCGCAAGAGAAAGCCUGUAGAUCUAGUGAAAAUAUUUGUACCUGGCCUAGAGCAAAAAUGCUUGGCGGUUGCUCGGUAAUAAACGGUAUGAUGUACAUGCGAGGGAACGCAGCGGACUACGAUGGAUGGGCGGUGAACGGUGCAAGCGGCUGGUCUUGGUUUGAAGUUCUGCCCUACUUCCUCAAGAGUGAAGACAAUAAAGAAAUUGGUAGCAGUGUCUCUGGACAGUACCACAAUACUGGUGGGCCCAUACCAGUGCAAAGGUUCCGCUACGCACCACGAUUCGCGCAUGACAUAGUAUCAGCUGGUAUAGAGCUGGGCUACCCACCUACCAGCGACCUCAACGGAGACACAACCACUGGAUUCACUAUCGCCCAAACAUUUAAUGAUGGAGGUUCAAGAUAUACUACAGCGCGUGCGUAUCUCCGGCCGGCGUCGAAAAGGGAAAAUUUAAAUGUGCUACUAAAUGCGCUGGUCUCGCGAGUGAUCAUAGAUCCGGUCACCAAAAAAGUCACAGGCGUGGAGUACAUUAAAAAUGGCGAGACGAAGAUCGUUGGAGUUAAAAAAGAGGCGAUUCUGUCCGGAGGCUCAAUUAAUUCACCUCAAAUACUUAUGCUGUCUGGAGUUGGGCCUAAAGAGACUUUGGACAAAUUCAAUAUACCAGUAAUUAAAGAUUUGCCUGGAGUUGGACAAAAUCUCCAAAACCACGUAGGAGUUGGUCUUGAAUUUACUUUAACUAAGGAACCUGACGUACCUGAACUGUCUUGGGUGACUGCAAUGGACUACAUGCUACUUAGAGAUGGACCGCUGUCUGGUACUGGCUUGUCACAGUUGACAGGUAAAGUUAACUCUCGUUACGCUUCUGCUGGAGGUCGUCAUCCCGAUGUGCAGUACUUCUUUAGUGGCUACUAUGCGUCAUGCGCUGACUCCUCACUCGUGGACCCUGAUACGAUCGGUGAUAUUAAAAACAGGAGGACAGUGUCAAUAAACGCAAUAGCUUUACAGCCGCGUAGCCGUGGUUACCUCACUCUACAGUCUGUAGACCCGACUCAGCCGCCGCUGAUGCAACCAAACUAUUUCCAAGACGAACACGAACUCAACGUUCUAGUAGACGCUGCAAGGAUAGCAUAUCGUCUUACUAAUACUACGAUCUUAAGAGAGAAAUACGGCAUGCAGCCGACGGAAGGUUAUGGCGCUGAAUGUCCAGGAGGCGGCUCUAAUCCAACUGACGAGUUCUUUAAAUGUUUAGCCCAGUUAUACACCGCACCAGAAAAUCAUCAAGUCGGUACUUGUAAGAUGGGUGCCAAAGACGAUCCCAUGGCUGUGGUCGAUCCCCAGUUACAAGUUUAUGGUAUUGAAGGACUCCGUGUAAUAGACGCAUCUAUUAUGCCAACUGUCCCAUCCGGUAACACCGCGGGACCGGUCGUCAUGAUUGCGGAGCGAGGCUCUGAGUUUAUCGUGACGAGACACCAGUUGUACAAGAAUCGCUUUGGACAGCAUGUUCCUGGUGCAAAUGAUGCUGCGAAUUCCGAUCGGUCGUCCAAUGAAUCAGACAAGGAAAACAAAUGGGAUCACCGUUGGAAGCCAUGGGAUAAGAAUUGGCACCCACACUGGGACCACAAGACGACCGACCAUGGCUAUCAGAACUUCAACUGGCAGACCAAGAAUGUGAAUACAGAACAAAAAGCCCAGCAUGCCAGAUAAUUAAAUUAUGUCUAAUUCUGUUCCUUUUAGAAAAUGAAUUGAAGUCCACAUACAAUUUAAUUUAUUAUUCAGUAACAUACAUACUCGUACAAACAAAUGUAUGGUUAUUAAUCAUGUGACCAGUUCAAAUAUUUAAAAACAAAACGUUUUGCUCACAAACUGUUUAAUUUUAAAGUGUUUCUAUAUGCAGAUUAAAACGUUUUUUUAAUAUAGAAUCCGGGAUGAGAUGUUAUGUAACGGCGGUGUAUUGUAUAGAACCAUUCUGUGUGUAGUAUUAUGUUUAUUUUCACUAUAAUUGAAUGUGAAACGGCUUACUUUUAUUAUCUUAAGAAUAUAGGUAUAAAUAAAUAAUAAGCUAAACUUUUUUUAAUAUCUUUAAUAUAAAAAUAUACAAUUAAUAGUAAA